AGUCUGUGUCUGUCUAUCCACUUCGUUGCACGUGCUAAUAAAACAGGAUUGGGUGACUAUUUUUUUAAGAUUUUGAUUAAUAUUUCGUUGAAGAGAAAAUGUCCAAGAAACGAGGUCUUAGUUUGGAAGAAAAAAGGACUCGAAUGCUAGAGGUUUUCUACGAAAAGAAGGACGUUUUCCAACUGAAGGAAUUGGAGAAAAUUGGCCCCCAAGAAAAAGGAGUUGUUUCUCAGUCGGUAAAGGAGGUGGUCCAAAGUUUGGUGGACGAUGGUUUCGUUGAAUCCGAAAGAAUUGGGACUUCUGUCUACUUCUGGUCUUUUCCCAGUAAGGCUACUCAAUCUCGGAAACGAAAAUUAGAGCAAUUAGAGACGCAGGAGACAGAACUUGGAGAAAAGGCGAAUGAAAUUGUGCAAGAGGCGAAACGAGCAAAGUUAAGUCGAAACGAAACUCCAGAGAGGGAAGAAAUGAUUGCCACAAUUAGGAAAUUGGAAGAAGAACAGAAGCAACUCAAAAAAGUUCUGGAACAAUAUCGGGAUUCAGAUCCGGAUGCGAUUGCACAGGAACGACAGGAUAUCAAGGAUUUUACACAACAUGCAAACCGAUGGACCGAGAAUGUCUUUACUUUUCAGACUUGGCUACGGAACAAGUUUUCCAUGUCCGAAAGCGAAAUCAAAAAAUCCUUUGGUAUUCCGGAGGAGUUGGAUUAUUUGGAGGAAGAAAUUUAAGGUCAGACGACUAUUUUUUUUAUGCUUCCCAGUCAGCUGAUGGACUCGGAUUUUUCUUCUUUUUUGCUUCUGCAAAAUUUUAAUUGCUCGACGCACACUAGUCUCUGACACUUUGGUUAGACGUGCCACUGCUCUCUGGGGUGGUGAGUUGCCCUUAGAGGUCAAUAGGUCAAUUUUCUUAAGCACGGGCCUAAUUAGCACUUUUCGGACUCGUGUUUGAGGCAUGAUGGUUUUCCUUUGGUACGAGCUUGUCGUUAUUGACCUUCAUUUUUAAGUACCUUAUGUAUCUGGCCUUUCGAAACUUGUUGUCCUUGAGUUUUGAAGUGGUUACUUAUGUAUGUGUACGAAGAAUUAAGUUUGGAAAGUGUUUUUAUGGUACCCUCUUACUCUAAGGUCAAUGGUCGGGUCAUUUUUGAAUCUAGAGAGCUAAUUUUUUGCUCAGCCCUUGUCAACAAUCACAUGUCGUUAUGCUCAAAAUUUGGAACCGAAACUCCAACCCGUUUCGGAGCAAGUCAAGAUCGCCCGCGUUCACGUGUUACCGAUUCAUCCUGUAUUCAGGCAGCUUGCAUUUAUUUCACGAGUCUGUCAGUUUAGUUAAUGAACUUGUCGAGUUCCGUAUUUUAUCAUUCAUGCUACUGUUUUUCGUAUAUACUUUUUUGUAUUGCAGCUCAUUUUAAUAUGGGUGACAUUUAUGAUAUUACUGAGCUUCUUAAUUGUCACUUUCUAUCAAUUAGCAAACGAAGCAAAUGGAUAAUCAAUUAUAAUAAUUUUAUACACCUUCUAUUAAUUGUAUCAUAAUAAAAUUUUGUCCUUCUUUAUUCA